GCUUACGUUUCGAAAAAGCUGACAUUUCUCAAAUGUAUAUAUCUUUGGGGAGCACACUUUAUCGCUUUUGUCAGUAUGAGCUGUCGAUGGAAUUUCUACAACUGGCACUAAAAAUUCAAUUAAAUCACCUUGGUCCGAAUCACACAGACGUAGCAACUUUAUACAGUAACAUUGGUGUGUUGUGUAGCGAUAAAGGUGAUUUUGAUAAGGCUAAUGUAUAUUAUCAACGCGCACUGAAAAUUCGAUUACAGCAAUUAGGACCGAAUCAUGCUGAAGUCGCCAAGUCAUACGCCGCCCUUGGUGUGUUGUGUACUGAUAAAGGUAAUUUAGAUCAUGCUAAUGAUUAUUGUCAACGGGGGCUGAAAAUUGAAUUAGAACAGUUGGGGCCGAACCACACUGAAGUUGCUGGUUCAUACAACAGCCUGGCUAAUGUGUGUAAAGAAAUAGGUGAUCUUGAUCAGGCUAAUGAUUAUUAUCAACGGGCGUUGAAAUUUCGAUUACAUCAAUUAGGACCAAACCAUGUUGAAGUGGCUAUUUCAUACUACAACCUGGGAGUGUUGUGCAAUGUUAAGGGCGAUUUCCUUCAUGCUAAUGAGUAUCAUCAACGAGCGUUGGGAAUUCGAAUAAAGCAAUUAGGACCAAAGCAUACAGAUGUUGCUGCUUCAUACAAUAGCCUGGGUGUGUUGUGUAAUGAUCAGGGUGACUUGGACCAUGCUGAUGAUUAUUAUCAAAGAGCGCUGAAAAUUCAAAAAGAGCAUUUAGGACCAGACCAUACUGAUGUUGCUGCUUCAUACAACAACCUGGGCAAUGUGUAUUUCAAAAAAGAUGAUCUUGAUCAGGCUAAUGAUUAUUUUCAAAGGGCACUGAAAAUUCGAUUUGAUCAAUUAGGUCCAAAUCAUACUGACGUUGCUGCUUCGUACAACAACCUUGGUCUUGUGUGUACCCGAAAAGGUGAUCUUGAUCAGGCUAAUGCUUAUUUUCAACAGGCGAUGAAAAUGCAAUUAGAGCAAUUAGGACCGAACCAUGCUGACGUGGCUACUGCAUACCACAACCUAGGUGAUGUGUGUAGCAGAAAAGGUGAUCUUGAUCAAGCUAAUGAAUAUUUUCAACGAGCACUAAAAAUUCUAUUGGAACAUAUAGGACCGUAUCAUAGUAACGUUGCGAUUUUAUACAACAACCUGAGUAAUGUGUGUAGCAGAAAAGGUAAUCUUGAUCAGGCUAAUGAAUAUUGUCAACGGGCGCUAAAAAUUCAAUUGGAACAAUUUGGACCGAGUCAUACUGUCGUUGCCACUUCAUACAACAACCUGGGCAAUGUAUAUCUCGAAAAAGGUGAUCUUGAUCAGGCAAAUGAAUAUUGUCAACGGGCGCAAAAAAUACAAUUGGAACAAUUAGGACCGAAUCAUACUGACGUUGCCAUUUCAUACAACCUCUUGAAUAAUGUGUGUAUCCGAAAAGGUGAUUGUGAUCAGGCUCAAGUGUAUUGUGAACGGGCGCUGAAAAUCCAAUUAGAGCUAUUAGGACCGAGCAAUACUGACGUGGCCAAGUCAUACACCAUCUUAGGAUAUGUGUGUAGCCAAAAAGGUGCUUUUGAUCAUGCUUAUGAUUAUUAUCAACGGGCGCUGAAAAUUCAAUCCGAGCAAUUAGGACCGAACCAUCCUGAGAUUGCUAUAUUGGUAAAGGUAAUCGGCAUCAUUAAAGAUCUCCUUGUUUCAAGAAAUUCAAUUUGCGGCGAGUAA